CAACGACCAAUGGAAUGAAGUGAACGGAUUUAAAAACAAAGGUGCGGAAGCUGUUGUAGCUAGAUAAAAAACAAAAAGCAGGAUAAAGACGAUAAAGCCUUCGGAUUGAGACCAAGAACUAUUGUUCUUUGAGGUUACUAACACUAAGCCAAGAUGGCAAAUGUCAUCUUCACCGAACAGGAGAAUGUUUGCCUCCGUCCCUCUUCCCUGAAAAUGCGUCAGAGGCUUCUGUCUGCUCCAGAAAAACAGUUGAAGUCUCCAAUGUUGGUCAAAAAUACCCCUGUCCAUUCAGCGCGUAAGGCUUUUGGGGUGGUGAACAAAAAGAUCUUAACCCCUUCUUUGAGUACACAAGAGAAAAAAGUUUUAAAACCACAGGAAGUCAAGGUCGAGCAUCCUUCUGAAGCCAAAGGGGAGGAAUACCCAAAAAUGGAAAAUUUUAUUCCUUACAACCCUCUAGAGUUUGAGAAGUACAGCAUACCCGAGGACUUCAUUCCUUUCAGUGGCCUGGCUCUACCCGGAUUGGCCUGUUUUACCUCGCCUCUUCUUGAGGAAGACCUGGAAAAGAUUCAGCCUCUCCCAGACCCUUCACCUGCAAAAGGGUGCAGAUUUCCAGAUCACAGCUUGGAGCUGGAUGCCUUCCUACAAACCCUUGAAGAGCUGACUGUUGAAUUCCCCCCAGAACCGCUUACUGACUGCUGAUGCCUGUUUGUUAAAUGGCUGUUUUUAUUAUUUGUGUUGAAAUAAAGUUUUCUUGGCAACA